UAGAUUUUGCCUGCGUAAACUUUACGAACAGGAGGGACUGUUUAUCACGAAAUUAUUAUGUUGCGAACGCCACGUAAAAAUUUAUUUUGUUUACAUUUUCACGAUAACAUCAGCCGCAACUGAUUGUUCUUUUUUUAGGCAAAGGCUUAUUGUCUGUUGCUGCACGUGUCCUUAGAUCCUUAAAACAUUUACAGUUUCUUUUUUCGGUUUGUUCAGUACAGGACCUUAUGCUGGCCUAACAUCAGGCUAAAAACAUUUUGAAAAAUUUCCGUUGAUACUGCUCAAUGUCGAAGCUAUUUUUGGUUAACGGCAUCAACAUUCCUCUGUAUUUCAAGUUUAGUACAAUACUUGCUAAAGAGAAUUUAUCAGCGGACAAACUGCUUACGUUAGAAAAUUGGAUGCAAAUAUUCGACGAACUAAACCCGUUGCUAGCCAGCGAUCCAAGCACUUUACGAAAAAGUAAAACAUUUGAAAUGGAUAGUGGUCGACUGAGCGUAAAGGCACGAUGGGUUAAAAUAAGCGAUUCGUCUGACGUGGGAGCUCACAUUGUAAAAAUCCUAAAUUUAAGUUCGUCAGGCGUCGGAAAAUAUUUCCUGAAAAUUGAUGUCAAACUAAGUUCGUACCUCGAACGGAUCGCAUCCGAAUUGGAACAGAAAAGUAAAUCCCUUGACAUAAAAGAGACUUCCAAAGAAGCCGGCCAUGAUAGGCUCAAUAACUUGAAACAUAAGAAAUCGAAUAAUCGAAAAAUUUCCGACAUGUUGCCAAAGAUUAAAAAAGAAAAGGACGAUCCUCCAGCUGUGUUGGACGAUACUGCCAUUUUAUAUAAUCUCGAAGAACCGAAUGCUGACGAUUUGAACAAGGUGGAAGAAUACAUUCCAUUACCGAAGCCAACAGCUUCUGAUACAGCUUUCACGACGACUGAUACAGUUCCGACUUACACUCCAGAGAAAUGUGUUCCAACCGAACUGAAUGUCCAUUCCGAAUACUCACCAACUUUGUUGCAAGCAGAGAAAUCACCACACGAAAGUGAUUUAUAUGAUCCGACUGCUGCCUCACCUCCUAUCACUGCCACUUAUAAUCCAGAAAAGAAAUUAUCUCAAAAUGUAAUGAACAAACUUGAAUCCGAAUACUUACCAACCUGCCGAAUCGACACACCAAUCAAAGAAGAGUUGGUGUACAAGCCGACAUCAAAGCGGAAUAAACCGUUCGACAAUGAAAAAACGACAACAAUUUUGAACAAAAGCAAGGAAUUAUUUGGUUCCAGCGAUGAGGCCUCUAACGAUGAGAAAGAAAGAGUUUCAUCGAGCUCCCACAGAAUCAAGAGAAAAAUGGAUUUGUCACCGAGACGGGAAAAGACAUCCAGCAAAGGGAAGGAUAGAGAGAAGACAAAAUCCAAAAAGAAGAAAGUACACGAUGAGGUCAAGCAGGAAUGCAAAACCGAAGAUGGUGAUAUUAGUAUAAGAAAUUUAAUGACGGACCCACUUGACGCUGUUUUGGAAACUUAUCCGGAACAUGAACCAUAUUUGACGGGAUUGUAUAAGACCCAUGUCAAAGAAUUGAAAAGAAGCUACAGACCAAUUGACUUUCCCGAUAUGCUUGCACUGGAUAUUGUCUCAACUCCACAAUUCACGGCAAUGGUGGACUUUUUGGAGAAGACAUUAGUGCGCAAUGCUGAAGAGGAACACAACUACUCGGACAUUAUAUUUGAUUUACUGAUACCAGAGUGGGCACUUGCAAUCUUCUGCAAACGAUUCCAUUGUACCAGAUCCGAAGCACUGGAACGUUUGCGAUUACAAACAGUGGUUCUGAGCCAGAAUUCCCAAUUAUAAUUCAGUUCCUGUCGGAAGUUUCCUUUUUUUUUUUUGUUAAUUUUUCUUUUCGAUUUUGCAACAAUUCACCGAGUUGACUUAAUGUUGUUGUACUUAAAUGAAAAUUGAGACUUAAAAGACAAUUUACUAUGAAGAUGAAAAUGUUAAUUUAUCGAGAGUAUUUACUUUGACGAUUAAAAAUUGUUUAGAAA